AUGGAUCCGUUCGAAGUGCGCAUUCGGUUUACGCAGCAGCUGGCGAGCUUGAAUGCCAGUGUUACAGGUGCGAGCAAGACUGCGCAAUAUGCGUUGAAGUAUAGGGAUUUGGACGAAGAUCUGCAUUCGUGUAUCCUGGAGCAGUUGGAGAGGGCAGGAAACUCCAUGAACAACCGUGCAAACAUCAUGUACUUCAUCGAACACCUCUGCGAUAUGGCCGCCCGCGAAAACCACUACGACUACAUCCGCAUGAUGCAGCGCGACAUCCUCCGCAUGGUUGACGCCGUCGCCCCCGAAGACGGCUCCGGCGCUGCCAAUGUCAAAGUCGUUCGCAAAGUCCUGCAAGCUCUCCAGACUAAAUCCUUCCUCCUCGCACAAACCGUCUCGGAGAUUGAAGAGCUCCUCAAAGAGCGCGACACGUUGCCUGAUAAUAUCGGCUUGUCUUCUCCGCUUGAUCCGUCCACACCACUGCCACCGAGCUCAACUUCAAAGGGGAGGAUUGGCGGUGCGCCGCAGAGACUGGAUAAGAAGCAGAUUGAGACGAGGAUUGAAGAGGAUCGAGAGAGGCAUAAGAGGCUGAGGGAGAAUAUCUGGGCGAUUCCGAAAGUGUUACAGGGGAAUUCGUUUAAUGGUGGGGUGGCGGGAGGUGCGGGUCCGGACGAAUUCGAUAAGCUGUGGGAGGAGACGAGUGAUCUUGGAGAAGAUGAUUUGGUAUUGUAUAGGGAGGAAGGGGAGGAGAGAAAUAAGGCUGGUACGGAGUGGACGGAGGAGUUUGCGAAGAUGCAUCCGACUGAGUAG